AUGUUCAGAAGGUCAUUAUCAUCUUUAAAUGUACCACACAUACCUCGUCAACGUUCAUCUUCUGCUUCUAGAUCAAGAAGAAGGCGAGCAACAUUGUCAGACUCAUAUACAACUGAUUCACAUACAGAUGAAGAUAGUUCUUAUUCUUCUCGCACAAUAUCUCCGUUAACCUCUGCCACCUCAUUCUUCAACACGAUAUCAUCACCUUUAUCAAUGCCAACUUUAUUUUAUAGAAAGACAAAAAUGAUAAGCUUAGUUCCUGAAGGAGCUGUUGAUCCAAAUAAUUUGGUACCUGCCGCUGCAAUGAUGGAUCUGGACAAUAGUAAUCAAGCACCAAUCUCGCCAACUACUCAGCUUAACGAUCAUAUUCCUGAAAUUCCUGCUCCUCCUCUUAUAACGCAGCAUACUCGAUUGAAACAAAAAAUAAAAACGCUGGAAACGAAAAUAUCCGAGUAUCGAGAUCAAGAGAUUGAAGAUCCAUUGUCUGAAUUUACGACCGAGGAAAUAAAAGAAACGAUAGAUAAAUAUGUAACGACUGUUGCGGGGCUUAAACGAUCAAUCACAUUGUACAGAGAAAUUAUAUAUAAAGUUGCAUCUGACCCUGAUAUUUUGGAGUUUGCUCCACAUAUGAUAGCUUAUCAAUUGACAUUAAUUGAUUCUGCUAUUUUUCUAGAAAUUGAUCCUCAUUCACUGUUAGCUCAUUCCACAAAAAAUCCUGAUCCAAAAAUAAUAGCAUCCACGGAUUUUUUUAAUUAUUUAACACGUAUUGUAGAAUGUUCUAUUUUGUCACCGGUUGAAGCCUCUUCCAGAGCAUUGGUUAUACAUCAUUGGGUUAAAGUGGCGGCUAAAUUACACGAAUUGCAUAAUUUUCAAACUUUAAAGGCUAUCCUUUCAGCUUUAGGUACGCCACCAAUAAAAAGAUUGAAGAGGACAUGGACAUGUAUCCCAAAAAAAAGUAUGGUGAAAUUAGAUUCGUUAAAUGAAAUGAUGAGUGAGUCUAGUAAUUAUGAAAAAUAUCGAGAGACAAUACAACCUGAAAUAUUUUCAAGAAAACCUAUUGUACCAUUUUUGGGAACAUUCAUAAUGGAUGCAACAUAUUUAUCAGCAGCUAUAAGAAACUCAGCGUCAUCAUCCAUCAAUUCACCAUUGAUUUCACUUUCCAUGACUAGCACCACCACCAACAGCGAUGAUUCUGAUAGUGGUAAUGGUAAUAAAAAUAACAACAUUACAGGUAAUAGUUGUUUUACACAUCCUAUAUCACGAUCAAUGUCAUUACCCUCUUCACCCGAAAAAAUUCUUACUUUACAAGAUGAUUCACGAGUUCAAGAAUUACUGCAUACAAUGUUUCGAUAUCAAAAUGGACCAAAAUAUCAACCAAUCCCGCCAAUGUCGUAUAUAAAAGCGUCAACAAAACAUCAUUUUCGAGCGACAAGUCUUGGGGCUUUUUUAUAUUUACAAUUGG